GUUUGCCCAGCCUCGCGUUCCAGGACGGCUGAUGUAUUUUGGCCCACGGGCGGAGCCGUAGCUACAGUCUCCUCGGGCGUCCGUAGCCCCUAAGCGACGUGUUUGGCGCUGGGGCCCAGGUCCGAGAUGUCAGAGAAGGAGGGUAAGGGGAGCCGAGACUCCCCGCCGGCCGGCGUGGUGACAGUUAGCGACGUCCAGGAGCUGAUGCGGCGCAAGGACGAGAUCGAGGCCCAGAUCAAAGCUAAUUAUGACGUGCUGGAGAGUCAAAAAGGAGUUGGGAUGAACGAGCCCCUGGUGGACUGCGAGGGCUACCCCCGGGCAGACGUGGACCUGUACCAAGUCCGCACGGCGAGGCACAACAUCGUCUGCUUGCAGAAUGAUCACAAGGCUGUGAUGAAGCAAGUGGAGGAGGCCUUGCACCAGCUGCACGCUCGGGACAAGGAGAAGCAGGCCCGGGACAUGGCCGAGGCCCACAAGGAGGCCCUGAGCCGCGGGCUGGGCCAGGGCCUCAGCCCUCCUCAGGCUUUCGCCAAAGUGAACAGCAUCAGCGCUGGCUCCCCUGCCAGCAUCGCGGGUCUGCAAGUGGAUGACGAGAUUGUGGAGUUUGGCUCUGUAAACACCCAAAACUUCCAGUCGCUGCAAAACAUUGGCAGUGUGGUACAGCACAGCGAGGGGAAGCCACUGAAUGUGACAGUGAUCCGAAGAGGGGAGAGACACCAGCUUAGGCUUGUCCCAUCACGCUGGACAGGAAAAGGACUGCUGGGCUGUAACAUUAUUCCUUUGCAAAGAUGAUUGUCCUUGGGGAACAGUGACAGAAAAGCAUCUUUCCAUGCCCUGGACUUGGGUCUAGUGGGGAUUUCCUCGUUCUCUCUCCUUGAAGCUGAAGGAUCUGGAAAAGGCUGGAAACCUGAACUUUUAUGUGGUUGGAAGGGCUGGGGCUUACCCAUGUAAUCUGUCUGGAUUAAGGCAUUGUUAAAAAUUUGAUUUGUACUUAGCAUGUUUUACAAAUUGGGCCAUGGCCCUAAAUGGGAAUCCUCUUGAUUGUGGGAGAGCGGGUGGGGGUUAAUCCUGAAGGUGCUUAUAUGACUUUAUUCUUUUAGGACUUUUUUUUUUUUUAAUUUUAAAAUAAGUACAGUUUUACGGUGUGCUGAAAUGACUAUGGUAUCACCCCAACUGAACUUCUUUUGAACCUCUCAAUUCAGGGCUCAGAUGGGGUCUGAAUGUCCUGAGACAAAGUUGGGCAAAAUAAACUGGCAAGUGCUCAUACCAGACACUUAUGCUGCACUGCUUUCUUUGAAUUGAGGCAUUGCUGCUCUGCUACAGAAAUUGCUAACUAGUUCUGUGCAUCUUCAGCAGCCAGGCUUCUGAGGCCAUAAUUGUUCCUUGUGGAGAACAGGAAAACCUGGGGGUUCCCCAGGUGGUGGUGGUGAUACCGACUUGGUAUGGGCUUACUCUCAUCUAAUCCACCAGAGGGCAGCAGCUCCCUUACCUUCUGAAAUUAUUUUACCGUCACUCCCCACCCCCAACUGCAAAUUAGCUUCUAAUUUGACUUUUUAUAAUUGAACCUCCUGGCCAUGUCCUCAGAUCACCACUAUUUUGUAAACUGCCAAGUUGUGGUAGACAUCGCUGGUGGGAACCGUGUUUGCAGAUCUGACCUCUUGAAAUGCUUGAUUCUUCUUCGUUUUAUUUUUUUUCUCUUAUGGUAAAAUGGGUUUCAUUGAUUCCUAGUUGUUUUCUUAGUUUCUUCCUCUCUUCAUGGUAUCAUGGUGUUUAUUUCCAUAGUUCUUACAGAACAUGGUCUGCUUUGGAAGAGAUCUUGCACAUUCUGCUGAGGAAUCUUAUGUUCCUUGGGGUUGGAUUUGUCUCUUCUAGGUAGAUAACAAAGCUUGCGCUGAUAGGAUUCAAGGAUUGGGGUGUGCUUCCAGCCAUGGGUUCUCAUGCUCAACUUAGAAGUCCUCCAAACUGUGCAUUCCAGCCAGACACUUGUAUUCCCCUCUUGUAGCCACAGAUGUGCCAUAUUUACCAAGGUUUGCUGUUUGAAUUGUGUUCUAAUUCCACAUCUUCCAAUAUCUUUCCAUAAGCCCCAGACUAUAAUAAACAGAGCUUGCACCAUC